GAAUCUAUAUUUUCACCUUUUUCUUUCCUCAAUAUACCACUUAAUUCUAGUACGGAAAAUACAUGUCUUGUCCACAAUGUCAAAUAUCGAAUGAUGUGACUCUUAUAUCUUUCCCGAUCUAUUGUAAAUAUCUAAGUAGAUUUAAGAUUAAAAUAACACAAAACAGAAACCAAAACGGGAAAACAUAUUUUAUACUAGAAAAAAAUUUCUUUCUUAUAGAGUGUAAUGUAUCCUAAAAUGGUAAGAAAUAGACAAAAAGUAGAAAAAUAUUUGUAAGAAAUACAAAAAAAAAACCUUGAUGACACUAAAAAUAAAAUACUCCCAAUUUCCACUAACUUACCGUAUUACCGCGUCUAAUAUCACUCCUUCCAAAAUCCAAGUAAUCCCUUCUUUCUCUCUCCUCCCUCUCUCUCUGAAACUUUCUUCUUCACUGCUGUUCAUUCUUCUAAUCCUUCAAAUUAUUCACUAAAUUCUCAAUUUCCCAAAAAACCCAGAAUUUUUCUGCUGUCUUAUCUUGCACACAAAGUACCCUUUUCUUCUCAAACCAAAAAUCUAACUUCCUAAAUUCUCAUUUUCGCUUUUAAUGGCGAAACGUGCUUACAAGCUCCAGGAAUUUGCGGCACACUCAGCAAAUGUGAAUUGUCUUAGGAUUGGGAAGAAAGCAUGUCGCCUUCUUCUGACGGGUGGAGAUGAUCACAAAGUUAACUUGUGGUCAAUUGGCAAACCAACUUCUUUGAUGAGCCUAUGUGGUCAUACCACUCCAGUAGAAAGCUUGUCCUUCGAUUCAACAGAAGUGUUGGUGCUUGGUGGAGCUUCUUCUGGUACAGUGAAGUUGUGGGAUCUAGAAGAGGCGAAAAUGGUUCGAACUCUUACUGGUCAUAGAUCCAAUUGCACUUCUGUUGAAUUCCACCCAUUUGGAGAAUUUUUUGCAUCUGGUUCAGCAGACACUGACCUAAAGAUCUGGGAUAUAAGAAAGAAAGGAUGUAUUCACACAUAUAAGGGCCACAAUCUUGGGAUCAAUGCUAUAAAAUUCACACCUGAUGGUCGAUGGGUUGUUUCUGGUGGAUCUGAUAAUGUUGUAAAGGUCUGGGAUUUGACUGCUGGAAAGUUGUUGCAUGAUUUCAAGUUUCAUGAUGGUUCCAUCACAUCCUUAGACUUCCACCCACUUGAGUUUCUUCUUGCCACAGGUUCAGCGGAUAGAACUGUUAAAUUCUGGGAUUUGGAAACUUUUGAAAUGAUUGGAUCUGCCAGGGCUGAGGCUGCAGGAGUGCGUGCUUUAACCUUUCAUCCUGAUGGGAGGACUCUCUUUUCUGGAUAUGACAAUAACCUGAAGGUUUAUUCAUGGGAGCCUGUAAUUUGUCAUGACUCCGUUGACAUGGGAUGGUCGACACUUGGUGAUCUCUGUAUUCAUGAAGGAAAGGUCAUAGGUUGCUCUUACUAUCGGAACUCCAUUGGUGUUUGGGUGGCUGAUCUCGCACGUGUUCAGCCAUAUGGGAUUGAUGAUUCUGGCGCACCUCAUGAGAGAAUCCCUGUUGAGUUUAAGGCUGAUAUACGAGAAAGUCAGUCUCCUGAAGUAAUGUCAGCUGUUGGGUCCUCUGUCAGCUCUCGUUCCACAUCCCCAGAUGUUGACGCUAAAGAAAUUAAGAAUAUAUAUGUGGACUAUGAAAAGCCAAUCAGUUCUCGCAAAACACGCUUACGUAAUACAUCUAAAGCAAUGUCAUCUGAUGUGAAGGAAACCCCCAAGUUAUCAUCUAAAAAACAAAGUACACCUACUGCUACUUCAGGAAAAUCUAAUGUUCAAGCUGGUGGUAGAUCUUUUGUUGCCCCAACCUUUGUUCCUAGAGACAGUUCAGGUGGCAAAAGUUUUUCCAAUUCUAGAAGAGAGUCAAUUACUCCUGCAAAGCCUGUAAGUGGGGGGUCAAUUAAGGCUCUGCACAUAAGAAAGUCAUCCAGGAGCAAAUUUGAUGUUGAUGCUGCAGAUCCAAAUUUUCUAGAUAGGCAUGUUCUGGAGAUGGGAGCUAGAGAUAGCUCUGGUGGAAAAAGUCUUGCCAAUUCUAGAAGAGAGUCAAUGACACCUGCGAAGCCUGGACAGGCUACGCACAUAAAGAAGUCAUCCAUUAGCAAAUAUGAUAUUGAUAAUGCAGAUCCAACUUUCCUUGAUAGGCCUGUACUGGGAGUGGGAUCUAGGGAUUUACAUGAAGACAGAAAUCCCACUCCUGAAAAUUUUGAAGAGCAGUUUGAAGAAAAUCCAUCUACUCCAAUACAUACUAACCUGCAGAGUGUAUCUGGCGACUCAUUUGACUGUAAAGAGGUGCCAAAUAUAAAAGUUGCAGAUGGAGCUGUGGCAGUUUCUCUUGGAAGGACACGUUCUCUUGUUGAGAAAUUUGAAAAAAGGGGAAAAUAUUGCGGCGGUGAAGAUCAAACGAUCAGUGUAUCCCCUGAGGUCAUUUCUGAUAGGAUUAACAGCUCUGCCAUGCUAAAAGAAGAACCUCAAGUUUCUGGUAGAGAAUCAGCCUCAGCAAGUGAUGCAUAUUUUGUUGAAGAUCUUAUGCAGAAUCAUGAUGCUCUUCUGAAUGGUCUUCGUUCUCGCCUUAAAAAGUUACAGAUGGUGCGGCAUUUGUGGGAACGAAAUGACAUAAAAGGUGCCAUUACAUCACUGAAGAAGUUACCUGAUCAUUCCGUCCAGGCUGAUGUGAUUAGCGUUUUCAUGGAGAAGAUGGAUAUCGUUACCAUGGACUUGUUCUCCUGUAUGCUACCUAUAUUGGUGGGUCUCCUGGACAGCAAGUUGGAAAGGCAUGCAAAAAUGUCUUUGGAAUUGUUGCUCAAACUUGUUGCCUUUUUGGGACCUACAAUUCGCUCAACCAUCUCAGCACCUCCUUCUGUGGGUGUUGAUCUUCAUCAAGAAGAAAGGAUUGCGUGCUGCAAACAGUGUUUUGUCCAGCUGCAGCAGAUACAAGGACUUCUUCCUACACUGUCCAGGAAGAGUGAAUCACUUGCCAGAUCAGCUUUGGAAUUGAAUCUAGUUCUUCAAGAUCACAGCAUAUAAUUCUUGCGACAACAUUUUGGGAACAGUGAGGAAGGGUUUUGUUUCCUUAUCGCGGGAGAUUUUGACGAUUCUAAACUCUGAAGUGCUGAUUUUAGCUUUUCUUCCAUCGCCUGUUAAUAUCUCCGGGUAGCCAAACGUCAAGAAUCAGUGCCAUAAACUACCAAUUAGUCGUACCCUUGUAUCAUUCUCAGUCCAUCAAAAGGAUGCGCAAGCUUUUCAUUCAAUGCCAUUCUUUUUAGAUGGGCGCUGUCCCUUUAGUUCUAGCUCUAAAUCUUUGUCAUGUAACUGUCUGUGCACCUGAUGUAUGUAUCCUACUCUUCAUAUUCAAUGAAAAAAAAAAACGCCCAGAUUUUUUAUGCUGGGCCAUUCUUAAGAUUUGUGAGAAUCC